AUGGCGACCUUCUUAGAACAGUCGUACAGCUUGGUACAUCAGGACAAUGCGGCAGAUGUACCAACAAUGUCAGAUCUUAGGACGCAGUUGGAGAAAGGGACAGAUGAGAGCAAAGUCGAGACUAUGAAGCGCAUUCUCACAGUGAUGCUGAAUGGAGAUCCAAUGCCCCAAUUACUUAUGCAUAUCAUUCGAUUUGUUAUGCCGUCAAAAUAUAAACCAUUGAAGAAGCUUCUCUACUUUUACUACGAAAUAUGCCCAAAGCUGGAUGCCACUGGAAAGCUCAAGCAGGAAAUGAUCUUGGUUUGCAAUGGUAUAAGAAAUGAUCUCCAACAUCCCAACGAAUACAUUAGAGGCAACACAUUGCGAUUUCUGUGUAAGCUCCGCGAAUCAGAACUUAUCGAACCCUGUCUCGCUCCGACCAAAGCAUGUCUUGAGCAUCGUCAUGCAUACGUGCGUAAAAACGCAGUUUUCGCCGUGGCUUCUAUCUUUCAACACUCCGAGAGUCUGAUUCCAGAUGCCCCUGAAUUGAUAGCCGCAUUUUUGGAGACCGAGAGUGAUCAUACCUGCAAGCGCAAUGCAUUUGCUGCAUUGGUUAGCAUCAGCCAUGAAAAGGCUUUGGCAUAUCUCAGUAGUGUCUUUGAUGGCAUACCAAAUGCGGACGAGCUGCUACAACUUGUGGAGCUGGAGUUCAUAAGAAAGGAUGCAGUCCAAAAUUCACAGAACAAGGCACGAUAUUUGCGACUUAUUUUUGACCUUUUGGAGGCCGGAGCUUCUACGGUUGUUUACGAAGCUGCUUCUUCUCUCACAGCCUUGACCAACAACCCGGUAGCUGUCAAAGCAGCAGCCUCAAAAUUUAUCGAACUCAGUAUCAAGGAGGCAGACAACAACGUUAAACUGAUUGUGCUCGACAAAGUAGAUUUAUUGAGACAGAAGAAUGAAGGUGUUCUGGAUGAUUUAACGAUGGAAAUUUUGCGCGUGUUGUCGAGUCCGGAUAUCGAUGUACGAAAGAAGGCCUUGGAUCUAGCUUUGGAGAUGGUGUCAAGCAAAAAUGUCGAGGACGUUGUCCUGCUUUUGAAGAAAGAAUUGUCAAAAACUGUCGACCAGGAAUAUGAGAAGAACGCUGAAUAUCGACAACUCUUGAUUCACUCCAUUCAUCAAUGCGCAAUUAAAUUCUCCGAAGUCGCUGAAAGUGUGGUUGAUCUCCUGAUGGACUUCAUCGCUGAUUUCAACAACACAUCUGCAGUUGAUGUCAUCUCAUUUGUGAAAGAAGUAGUGGAGAAAUUCCCCAAACUGCGACCAUCCAUAGUUGAGCGUUUGGUAUCAACCUUAAGCGAGGUCCGUGCUGGAAAGGUUUACAGGGGAGCUCUUUGGAUAGUUGGUGAAUAUUCUCUAGAAGCCAAUGACAUUAGAGAUGCUUGGAGGCGUAUCAGAGCUAGCUUAGGGGAAAUCCCUAUCUUGGCUUCUGAACAGCGUCUCCUCGACGAAGCGACUGACGGGCAAGAGCCAAAAGAGCCAGAACAGAUCAACGGAAAUUCCAAAGCAGCUCCAACAGGUUCACGGAGAGUCCUCGCCGACGGUACAUAUGCCACUGAAAGUGCUCUUACAAGUCAAUCUGCAGUUACGGCUAAGUUGGAGGCGGUCAAAGCCGCUCAAAAACCACCCCUUCGUCAACUUAUCCUCGAUGGAGAUUAUUAUCUAGCUUCUGUUCUUUCUUCCACACUUACCAAACUUGUCAUGCGCCACUCUGAAAUCUCAUCGGAUACCGCCCGGACCAAUGCUUUACGUGCUGAAGCAAUGUUGAUCAUGAUUUCCAUUAUUCGUGUUGGUCAAUCGCAGUUCGUGAAAGCGCCAAUUGACGAAGAUUCGGUUGAUAGAAUUAUGUCUUGUGUUAGGUCACUUGCAGAGGUCGCCCAAAAUAAGCAACUCGAAAGUGCGUUCCUGGAAGAUACCAGAAAGGCAUUCCGAGAUAUGGUUCAAGUAGAAGAGAAGAAGCGAGCAGCUAAGGAAGCAGUGGAGAAAGCGAAAUCAGCCGUUCAAGUUGAUGAUGUCGUUUCCAUCAGACAGCUUGCAAAGAAGAACACAGUCGACGGCGCUGACGAGAUUGAACUUGACCUUGAAAAGGCAACUGGGGGAGAUUCUUCAGUUGAAGAUCUCUCAUCAAAGCUCAGUCGAGUUGUACAACUCACCGGCUUCUCCGAUCCAGUCUACGCUGAGGCAUACGUUACAGUACAUCAAUUUGACAUCGUAUUAGACGUUUUAUUGGUAAACCAAACAACCGAGACUCUUCAGAAUCUGUCUGUCGAAUUUGCAACAUUAGGUGAUCUCAAGGUUGUAGAAAAGCCAACUACUCAGAACCUUGGGCCACAUGAUUUCCAAAAUGUACAAGCUACCAUUAAGGUUUCCUCAACGGACACUGGGGUCAUUUUCGGAAACGUUGUCUAUGAUGGCGCAAGCUCGACCGAGAACAGUGUAGUCAUCUUGAACGAUGUUCAUGUUGACAUCAUGGACUACAUUCAACCUGCCGUAUGCACAGAAACUCAAUUCCGUACAAUGUGGACAGAAUUUGAGUGGGAGAAUAAGGUCAACAUCAAUUCAAAGGCGAAGACGUUGCGAGAGUUUUUGAAUCAGCUUAUGGCGUGCACAAACAUGAACUGCUUAACACCAGAGGCUUCAUUGAAGGGCGAUUGUCAAUUCUUAAGUGCUAAUCUUUAUGCACGAAGUGUUUUCGGCGAGGAUGCUCUUGCCAACCUUAGUAUUGAAAAAGAGGGUGAGGAUGGACCAGUGACUGGAUUUGUUCGAAUUCGAAGCAGGUCUCAAGGCUUAGCACUCAGUUUGGGAUCACUAAAAGGGUUAAACAAGGUUGUAGAGGUCGCUUGA